CCCCGGCCCCUCCUCCCAGAGCAGCCGCCUUUUCCCGCGUGAGCCGCUUCUGCUGCUCAGGCCGCCUGGGGGGAAACAUGGCGUCUGCCCUGGAGCAAUUCGUGAACAGUGUCGGACAGCUCUCGGCUCAAGGGCAAAUGACUCAGCUUUGUGAACUGAUCAACAAGAGUGGGGAACUCCUUGCAAAGAACUUAUCCCAUCUGGACACUGUGCUUGGGGCUCUGGAUGUACAAGAGCACUCCUUAGGCGUCCUUGCUGUUUUAUUUGUGAAGUUUUCCAUGCCUAGUGUUCCUGACUUCGAAACGUUAUUCUCACAGGUUCAGCUUUUCAUCAGCACUUGUAACGGGGAGCACAUCCGAUACGCAACAGACACUUUUGCUGGGCUUUGCCAUCAGCUGACAAACGCACUUGUGGAAAGGAAACAGCCCCUGCGAGGAAUUGGCAUCCUAAAGCAAGCCAUAGACAAGAUGCAGAUGAAUACAAACCAGCUGACCUCAAUACACGCUGAUCUCUGCCAGCUUUGUUUGCUGGCAAAAUGCUUUAAGCCUGCCCUUCCAUACCUUGAUGUGGACAUGAUGGAUAUCUGUAAAGAGAAUGGAGCUUAUGAUGUAUGCUCUGAGAAGCACUUGAGGAUUUUCCGACAUCUCGAUCCUUACUUCUGCUUAGACCACAUCCAGUCAAAUGUGCGGUUCCUGCAUCUCCAGGCUGCAAUUUUUAACCCACCUACCCUUGGGACACCAAAGCAGCUAGUUGAAAAGGCAAUGUUACCUGAAGAAAUUAUUAGUCCUGAAGCAGGAAAAACACCUUGUGUACUUGAUUGA